AUGUCUACCGACCGUACAGACAAGAGAUCGUCCAGAGACGUAACGAAUGAUGAGACCAUUAGCAUUCUAGAUCCUCGAAGAUUUACCCCAACACUUCAUGCCAAUCUAGUCUCCGAGAUUCUUGCAUUGAGAAGGGACCAAGAUGAGAAGACCAAGCAAAUAGAGAGCUUGGAGAACGCACUCCAUUCGGUGAAGGAAGAGCAUGAACAACUACAAGAGAGCCUGACUACUUCCUCGAAAGAAAGCCGAUCUCUCAAACGACAACUUUCCCUUCUCGAGGGUGGAACAUCAUCCGCACUCGGAGAACUUGCUAAAGAAAGAGACGAAGCUGUUGACUCUAUUUCCGAGACAAAGAAGAGGCUAAAUUUGGCGCAAAAGAAGAUUCGUAGCCAGGAAGAUGAUUCUCUGCGGGUUCAUGAGCUCUGGGAACAGGAGAAGGAUGGCUGGGAGGAUGAACGCCGAAAGUAUGAACGAAAGUUACAUAUUGCUGAGAGUCGCCUGAAGGUGGUUCUCGACGAAGUUGCGGGGUAUCAAGCUAAUUUUGCGAACAAGACUCCAAACGGUGCUCUUCAUGAUCACGAGAGCGACGUGGAAGAAAGUGGCAAAGAAAAUGACGCUGUUAGCGUUAGGACUAUGAGCAUGACUAACAGUAUCCGACACUCUCUGAUGAGUGGCCCUAUACUGCAUCCCGGCAAUUCACUCGCCGACGAACUCACCUUCGAUGAUGACGAUCAGACAGAUGUCGAUGGUCGUGAGAGCGUCCUGUCUAUACGAACAAGUCCGAAACAUAUGCGAACCUUCAGUCGGGAUAGUGUGGCUGGUAGAUUACACCUCAGAAACCAUAGCAUUGAAAGCCUGAAGCGUACUGGGAGCGUGGCUCGGAGCAAACUCUUUAUGAACCCAUCGGUACUGGAAGCAUUGGAAGGCGAGGAUGAAGAAACCGAAUCGCAAACUUUUCAGACGGCAGUACCGGGAGGUGUAUCUUACAUUGACAGCGGCAUACAGUAUUCUCCGCCCCCUUCACCACCGGCUCUGCGAUUCAAAUCAUCAACUCCAGAUGCCCCUUCUCAGCGUGUCAAGACUCCCGAACAUGAGACGCCCAGUCGGGCAGAUACUGAAAUCGAGGCGAAUCAGCGCAAGAAAAGAGUGCAAGUCGUUCAGCCAUUGAUUAUUGAACAUCCAAAGCAUGACAACAAGAUGGUCUCCGCAGCUGCCCAGACCGUGGAGAUGCCGCUCAGCCCGCCUAAAACACCGCAGACACCGUUUCUUGAACUCGAACAUGUUCCUGUGUUGAUGGUCACAUCCUCAACUCAGACAGAAGAAGUACCUGCUGUCGCUUCCGACGUAGGCUUGACGCCACCAUCAAUAAGAGCAUCGUCUCUGCCACCGUUGGACAUUCCCACUAUCAACAUCCAGCCUCCGACGAGUCGGCCCACCACUCCGCGAGAGCCUCGUCUGCCACAGCACUUUAAACAUUUUGGUUGCCAAGUCAAUCUUUCAUCUACCCUUCCAACCAGUGAUGCUUCUAUGCAAACUGAAGGGAUUCAAGUUGACAAAAGAUUGGCCCUUCUGCCAGCUCAUUUGCAGCCUUCGUCCAUAUCCUCCCGACCGACAUCACCUAACGUAUUAAAGCCCAGAGUAGACAGUGACUUCACGCCGGUCCCGCCGCGAAACCCAAGGCGGUUGACAAAUAGUCAUGAUCGACCUGAGUUAGCGUCAUCCCCCGCCACUUCGCGAGGAGACGAUGAGGAGUUACAAGACAGUUACCUAAACCUGCAUGGCGACCAACCAUCGUUGGCUCAAAAAGGGGCUACUAGACAUAGCAACCGCAUUAGCAGCAUUUUUGCUGGCUUUGAUACUGCUAGUUCCGACGAAGGUGACGAAUUUGGAGAUCUGGAUGGCAGUGAUGCAGAGUACCGAACAGCUUUGUCUGCACCUAGACCACAGUCAAAUUCAACCAGGGCAACCAAGCGAGGAUCUUUUGGAACCGCCACUAUAUCGUCCGAACAGCAAAGACCCAAACCACUGACCAGAAAUCCAACCAAGCCUAUCGGCCCUGAGCCAUGUAAUUCAUUCGGCCUUGCUGAUAAAGAGAAUCAGCCGAAGGGUCAUGGUAGAAAGUUGAGUAGGGCUUAUGAGAAGCCCCAUCCAGCUCCAGCACCCAGUUCAUCCAAUCGUACCAGUGCUAUACGGAAGGCCGCCAUCAUACAGAGCGGGAUUGUUACCCAGCAAAGUCGCUCCAGAAGCCCUAGUCUCCCUGACGGCAAAUAUCCCCCGUUUCCUAUACCUAACCGGGCAAGUUCGCGAAGAUCACAAAUUGGUCUUUAUACGCCGAGUGAUGGCCAAAGUCCUACAAGGGGAGAAAUUUGGCACCGCAGAGGUAGCAGCCGUUCGUCUUAUCAGUCACACAGUAUACGCAAGGUUCGUUCCGCUGCUGCCUUACCGAGGGCUCAUCGAUACCGCAGGCACGGUAGUAGAUCUCCGCCACCCUUGUCUCCCUCAACUGAAGCACCGGAAAGUCCCGGCUUGCCGCCUCUGCCCCGAAACGAUAUAACCACUCCUCGUAAUGGACGCGACAGAGGCUUUUCCAGCUAUCGCAAACAUCGACACGACCUGUCGACCAACACGGACAACACGAAUAACACCGUGCCCACGACGGAUACCGGGUUUUCUCACACGACAGGCGUUGUUGACGCUAUAGCUCAAACCAUGGUGGGCGAGUGGAUGUUGAAGUAUGUUCGACGACGCAAAUCUUUCAGUGUUCCUGAAAACACAGGCAAGGACGACAGCAGCAACGAUCGGCACAAGAGAUGGGUGUGGCUAGCACCCUAUGAAAGAUCCAUUCUCUGGAGCAGCAAACAGCCUUCGUCGGGUAGCGCCUUGUUGGGCAAGACUGGCCGCAAGCUCACAAUCCAGUCAGUCCUGGAUGUCAAGGAUGAUAAUCCGGCCCCUAGAGUCAUGCCCACUGUUUUCAACCGAUCGAUUCUAAUUUUGACUCCACAAAGAGCCUUGAAAUUUACGGCAUCAUCAGCUGAGAGACAUUACCUUUGGCUCACGGCGCUGUCGUUCCUGGCUCACUCAUCCCAAGCCGUUCCUGAGAUCAUCUCAGCUCCCCAUACGAAUACCAAAGAGCAGCAGCACCAGCCGUUGCCUGAAUUUGAAGCACCACAGCCAAAGCAUAAAAGAAGCGGCAUACGAGACUCCAUUAGGCUCGCCAAAGGCAGAACGGCCACCAAGAUUAGUGUUCCUGGUGUACCUAGCAUUCCCAGUGUUCCAACAUCUCGAAGGAGCGAGGCUACAGGAUUUCGUUUGCAGGAUUCUUCAUCAGCAGUUUCUGGAGGACAUAGCCGUGAGCAGUCUGGAGAAGCGGCAGAGCCACCGUUCAUCCCUCGAUUUUCAGAGCGGACUGUUCACUCUGUGGCAACCCAUGGCCGCAAGCGAAGUAACACUGGAGGGCAUGUCGCGCCUCCACUCUCCUUUAGAGGAUUUUCUGGACCGGCAGGGACCGGCAGCGGACCUCACCACUCAGGCCAGAGCACGGCAAAUGGAAGUGUCGACACGACGAUGUCAUCUGAAGUUUAUCAAAGCCAAGCUUCUACCAACACGACUUGGAACAUGAGUCAAACAGCAUCAUCACAGCGUACGUCUGAGGCGUCAUCUCGCCCUAGCAACUUUUUUGAUGCUAUUGGAACUGUGAGGAUGGAAGCAUUCAUUAGCCCAUUGGCCUACUCUCAGUAUACCGACUAUCCCGAUGAUCAAUGCGAAGAGUAUCGCAAGAAUUCCAGACGAAGGAGCAAGGAGAUUCGAAGGCGAAAUAGCCGCAAUCGACACCGAGACAGCUAUUCAUACAGAGCAGGAAGGAGUGAGGACUCUUACAGUAGAGGAAGAUUCCCAGUUGAAGAAGAUUACUUCCUCCGUGACGAUCCUUUCAAGGGAUUCUAG